AUGAUUUUCCCAGGCGCAUCUGUUGAUCCCAAUUGCAUCAAGGCCAAGCUGAGGUGGCUGCUAGAGACAUACUACAGGGAGAAGAAGAAGCUUUCACUCACUGGAGCUGGUACACUGCUGGAGGACAUGGAUGCAUCCAACCUGUCCUACAUAUCUUGCAUUGCCCUGUCAACAAAGUACACUUGGUUUGAAAGGAUGCAUGAGAUGAUGAAUGGCCAAUUCUAUGCCAAUCCCACAGCACUUAUCACAACUCCCAGUCUCGACUUCACCAGCAAAGACAAGGCUGACAUGCCUUCCAAUGGCUCAGCUGACAUACCCAUGGAUAUUUGUGGCAGCAAGCUGUAUGAUCAUGGCACUUGUAAGCGAUCGUGCACCAGAGACUAA